AUGGAAAAACAAUUGAAAACAAUCAAACGUGUUUAUUCAACAGUUUAUCAUGGUGAACAACGAUGUAUGCAAAAUGCAAACUUCUUAUCCGCUAAUAACGCAAUUGUAUAUCCAAAUGAUAAACUUCUAUACAAAAAGCCAGAUAACACGAUCGAUUUCAUCGAUCUUUCGACGAUCAAUAAGAGUGUAUUUUUCGAUAAAGGUUCAAAUCAAGAUACAGUUUAUGGAAAUGUCGUACAAAAAUAUAGUUUAGCCAAGUCGCAUCUAAGCUUCAAUCCUGACGAAUACGAAUGCGAAAUGAUCGACAGUGGUGAAAUGUUCAUCCUAAAUCUAAUCGAUCAAAACUUGCCCACCAUCAUUGCCGUAUCAGAGAUCUAUCCAACAUAUUUCGAUCUUGGAUUGUGUUCACAAAGGUCCAAUCCGACGUGUUUAGAUUUCAGGCAUCGCAUACUUGACAAUUUAAAACACUCUGGUGAUAUUAACAUCGUAGGUUCAGCUGGAAGCACGUUGUUACAUUGUAUAUCCGGUCAAUUCAAUCCUGGAAUGAAAUACAUUACGGUUAUUUCGGGAUUUCAAUCGACUCCGUUAUAUCGAUACCUUGAACGACGACCGAUCGUCACAAUUAUCGAUCACGAAAAGAAAAUUAUCUACGUCAUUCCGGUUCCAUUAGAUGAAUUUACCAUCGGACAAUCCACAAUAUGUCUACCGAUUGGUAUUACAUGUUUAGAGAGUUCAGAAAACUCCAAGCAACGAUUAUUAAUUGAAAUAUUCUCGAAUACAAAGUCCUGUGAUAGUUAUUUACCAGAUUUAUCAUCUACGGCUCGAGAUACAGUUGCUCAAUCCAUUGAAAUGAUCAGCUCAGAUAUACCAAUUGAAGAAAUAGUCAAUGAAACGGUGAAAAUCAAUAUUUCUCAUGAAAUCGAAGUCGACCAGGACGAGGAAUGUAAAGUCCCAUCGAUGGGUGAACAUUCUGUUCUUAUCUAUAGUGGUAUUGAUGAAAUCGGCGAUUUAACGAAAAAAAUCAAUCCAGACAUACUGAUCCGAUCGAUGAACACACACAUUAUCUACAGAAAACAAAAUGAUAAAUAUGAAUUACAUCCGGAAUAUCAUGACAUGAAUUCCAACGAAGAAUUAAACAUAGGUCAACAGCAUUUUCCGAAUUUAUUACCUAUGGAAGGUGGAUCGAUUCUAUUCGCCAGUAAAACCGUUCCUAGAUUAAACUCGAAUCAAUCUGUAGUCGAUCAAAUCCACCAGACGAUCUUUCGAAAUACUUUUCCAGUAUUCAUCAUUGGUCCGAUGGAUGACUUAUGUCGUCAAGCUGCAACAAAACUUAAAUUCGACGCAAUCUACAUUCGCAUUGUCGACUAUCCCGGUGAGGAGAUUAUGAUCGAUGACGUUAAACGAAACACGUUUCUCGAAAAUGCAUGCAUGAAUGGUGUGACGGCAUACGCGGGACCAUUAUCUCUUGUUUUCAUCGCCAUUCAAAAUCCGACGACGAAGAAUUUUCAAUAUUUUUAUGUGGAUGGUAUUCGUCACGAGAAUUUCAUCGAUACGAUUCCACCGUUCGGUGCUGACGUAACAAGUCUCAUCGAAUCCAAGCUGAUGGAACGUGAUCCAAUGCAAAAUUCGAUUGUUGAUCUCACUGACGAAAAAGUUUUGUUCAAAAAAGAUUUCAUACCAUUCUCAGACUUUCGAGUUCAGCUACUGAUGAUGUCAUUGGAUGAAAUGCUCGCGAAUAAAGCUGAUAUACUCGACGUGAUUUCUCAAUGUCAACGAAUCUACGGACACGAAAUGAUGCGUAAAUGUUCAGAUGAAUUACUUCUAUUGUUAGAAAACAAAAUCAAUGAAGUCAUCGGUGAGUGCAAGAAAUCAUUUUGCCUCGAUUUACAAUCGGAUAAACAAAAGCUAGCGAAUGAAGUCGGUCGAGUCAAAGGUAUGAUUCGCAAAAUAAAACAGAGUGUUCAAGACUUGGUGGAUAAAAUCGGAUUGGCUAUAUCGAAACGAAGACAAUCAUCCAUUCGAUUCAACUUGGCUCAAUUAAAGAAGAAGGAAACGAUCAAGCAAAAUGUUCAACGAGCUUUACACAUGUCCUAUCAAGAUUUUUCAGAUUUACUAGACGAAUUAUGUAACAAGUCCGGCGUGUUAUGGUUAAAUCUCGAUUCACAAUACUUACUUCUGAUGUUAAAAGCAAUCAAAGAGAAUGAAAUGCACAAAUACAUCACCGAACCGAUUUUACCCUUAAUUCGUUGCCGAAAUGGUGAUUUCAAUAUUGAUUCAUUUACAAUUUCGAUUCUCUUAGAACAAACCGCACAUAACCGAUUUGAUCCUAUUCGACCACAACAAGUCCAUGGUAUUGUCACAAGUUUACCUGCCUCGGCAACACCGGAAGGUUUACAAACAAGUUCGUGGUUCUUUCCUUUAUUUGAUAGAUACAAAGAUCUACAAGUUCCCUAUGAUGUCAAUUGGAUAAACGAAGCGAAUCAUCCUGACAUAGCAUCAUUUCGUAUUCUCGCACGAAGUACAAUAUCCAAUGCGUCGAUUUUGCGCGAUUUGCAAUUGAACAUCCAACCCCAAGACAUUAAUAUCACGCGAUUUUUAAUUUACAUUACUUUAUCAGCGAUGGAUGAACUGAUCAAACAGCGCUCAAACAGUUCCGAGUCGAUUGACUUCGAUGAUACAUUUUCGGUUAAUAUCCGAUGUUUGUUAUGCAAUUUAUUAACUUAUACUGCUUCCGGAAAUGUUCCGGCGUCGUUUGUUUGGCAAUUAUUUACUCGGUGUAGUCGUCCGGAUAUACCAAAAGAAAGAUUCGAAUGGGGAAUUUACGCUCGAACUAUUGAAUACGUUCAAUACACUGGCUGGAACUUAGAAAAAUUGAAAUUCAACGUUCGUGCGUUGUUAUGUCGAAUUUUGAAUCAACGAAAAAAUCGAAAUUCGGCGAGGAAUACAUUCGCCGAUUGCACACAAUUUAUUACCCCCAUUAUAAGUAUUUUAUACAAAUGGGAUAACUAUGACAAGAAAUACAAAUUGGAACUAGGCAAAUUUACGAAAAAUGUCUUUUUCAAUUCGUCGUCUACCGAACAAUUCGAUGCUAAUUCAGCGCAAGCUGUGGUGAAUGAUUUUCGAUCAAGAUUAAUCACAGAACGACCGAAAGUGUUAUCGAUGAUUCACAAAGAAACUCAGCCAAUUACAAAUCACGAUGAAAUUCAAACUUUAUUAACACUCAUCGAAUCAUCAAUUCCAAUCAAAGACCAGUUAUCAGAUGAUGAUUUAAACAAGCUUUCCGCCUAUCUGGAUGAUAUUCACAAAAAUGAAAACAAACUUUGGCAACCAUUCAAUCCAUUUCCGCAAUUCAUACAAGAAAACAACAUCGAAAAACUGUUUGCUGAGAAUGAUAAGCAAGAAACUGUGCAGGUUGAAGACAAUCAAGACAUUGUUUUAUAUAAAGAUAUGUUCAAAGAACAUUACUGCGGCGUUUUGGAACAAAUUGCAUCUGAUUCGUGUUAUUUGAGAUUAGAUGGCCUUUUACAACAGACAACAUUGAACUCAAUCGACGAAUUUCUUACCUUAGCGAAAUUUGUAGGAUUCGGACAAACGUAUGACGAGAUUGCGCGAAUGACCAAGAAAAUCAUCCAUUCGUUAUUAAUCAAUUGCAAAAAAUCAGCGGAUGAAGGAGAGAGGCUUGCACUGGCAGAACUUUUUUAA